AUGCACUUCUCGGGCCACUUUGCUGCCUUGGCUGGCACUGUGCUAUUUGCCGCUGGGCUUACCCAGGCAAACUACAACAUCGACACCACUUACGACAACACCAACUUUUUCAAUAGCUUCGACUUCUUCACCGACAAGGAUCCCACUGAGGGCUUCGUCGAAUAUGUCAAUAGCCAGACUGCCAACCAACAGGGCCUCGCUGGAUACGCCAAAGGUGGAAUUUUCAUGGGUGUUGACUUCAAGACCAAGAACCCUGCCAAAGGUCGCAAGUCGGUUCGGGUGACUUCGAAAAAGUCCUUCACUCGUGGUUUGUUCAUUGCCGACAUUGCGCACAUGCCUGGCAGUAUCUGCGGUGCAUGGCCGGCGUAUUGGAUGUUCGGUCCUCAGUGGCCCAACUCUGGUGAGAUUGACAUUCUCGAAGGCGUCAACGCUCAAACCAAGAACUCCAUCACUCUACACACAAAGCCUGGCUGCUACAUUUCCAAUGAAGGCACCCUGGCAUCUACCAAGUUUGCAUCUGCGAACUGUGGCGCCUCUGGUACCUCAGCAGGUUGCGGACAGCACACCGCCGAUACCCAAAACUACGGCGACGGGUUCAACGCCAUUGGGGGUGGUGUUUAUGCCACUGAAUGGACUUCUGAUCACAUUGCCGUCUGGUUCUUUCCUCGAUCCAAGAUCCCCCAGGAUAUUCAGUCUGGGAAGCCCAAUCCCGCCUCGUGGGGAACUCCACUUGCUCGGUUCCUGGGCGGGAAUACCUGUAACAUUGACAACCAUUUCAAGGACAACCAGAUUGUCUUUGACACCACCUUUUGCGGAGCCUGGGCAGGAAGCCCCCAAGUCUGGGGCUCGGAUCCUAAAUGCUCUGCUUUGGCCCCAACCUGCCAGCAAUAUGUGUCUGGUAAUCCCGAGGCCUUUGCUGAGGCUUACUGGGUUGUUAACUCUGUCAAGGUUUACCAGAAAGGUUCUGGCAACGGCAACGGAACCAACCCAACUCAACAACCUCAACCUCAGCCCUCUCCCACAAAGGUUUGGACUCAACCUCAGACUCAGCCAACUGGACUUCCACAACAGCCAACUGUCCAGCCGCAACCCCAGCCUACCCAGACUUAUAACGCUCCGCCCCCGCCAGCUCAGACAACUCAGAAAGCUCCUCAGCCCCAGCCUACACCAUCGUGGAACGGACGAAUUUGGAACGGGGCACCACAGCCCGAAUCAGGAGCCAACUCUCAACCACCACCUCCUCCUCCACCCAAGCAGGACAACUCGUGGAAUGGCCAAGUUUGGAACGGGGGUGGCUGGAACGCCAAGAGAGAAACGCGGAUGGUAGCUAAGCGCUUUGCUGCGUGA